GGAUUGACGGGACCUGCUCCGCCGGGCCGCGCCUCUCGGCGCUUCGCUCCGCCCCUGGAGGAUGGGCGCCCGCCCCACAAUUGGCGAGAGCGCGUGCGCGCGCGGCCGCACGCCGCGGCCGUGCACGCUCGCCCAGCUGCGCACACUCGCAGUCUGUGGGCCAGCCGGGAGGCGGCGGAGGUCGUCGCGGGGAGGCGGGGCGGAGGCAGCAUGGCAGCCUCCUUACGGCUCCGAGGGGCCGCCUCCGGCCUCCGGUACUGGAGCCGCCGGCUGCAGCCGCCAGCCGCCAGCCUUGCAGCGGUGUGUUCUAGGUCAAUGGCUUCUAAGACUCCAGUUGGAUUUAUUGGACUGGGCAACAUGGGAAAUCCAAUGGCAAAAAAUCUCAUGAAACAUGGCUAUCCGCUUAUUGUUUAUGAUGUGUUCCCUGAUGCAUGCAAAGAGUUUCAAGAUGCAGGUGAACAGGUAGUAUCUUCCCCAGCAGAUGUAGCUGAAAAAGCUGACAGAAUUAUUACAAUGCUGCCCACCAGUAUCAAUGCAAUAGAAGCUUAUUCUGGAGCAAAUGGAAUUCUGAAAAAAGUGAAGAAAGGCUCAUUAUUAAUAGAUUCCAGUACUAUUGAUCCUGCAGUUUCAAAAGAAUUGGCCAAAGAAGUUGAGAAAAUGGGAGCAGUUUUCAUGGAUGCCCCUGUUUCCGGUGGUGUAGGAGCAGCUCGGUCGGGGAACCUCACAUUUAUGGUGGGAGGAGUCGAAGAUGAAUUUGCUGCUGCCCAAGAGUUGCUGGGGUGCAUGGGCUCCAGUGUGGUAUAUUGUGGAGCUGUUGGGACUGGGCAGGCUGCAAAGAUCUGCAACAACAUGCUGUUAGCUAUUAGUAUGAUUGGAACCGCUGAGGCUAUGAAUCUUGGAAUCAGGUUAGGGCUUGACCCAAAACUAUUGGCUAAAAUCCUAAAUAUGAGCUCAGGACGGUGUUGGUCAAGUGAUACUUAUAAUCCUGUACCUGGAGUGAUGGAUGGAGUUCCCUCAGCUAAUAAUUAUCAGGGUGGAUUUGGAACAACACUCAUGGCUAAGGAUCUGGGAUUGGCACAAGACUCUGCUACCAGCACAAAGAGUCCAAUCCUUCUCGGCAGUCUGGCCCAUCAAAUCUACAGGAUGAUGUGUGCAAAGGGCUACUCAAAGAAAGACUUCUCAUCUGUGUUCCAGUUUCUGCGAGAAGAGGAGACCUUUUGAGUGCACCCUUUGGCUGUGGACACUGUUAGGAGCCAAACUCUGUCUUGGCACCUCCUUCUAGCUCACUCUGCAAGUAAAUGGAUUUAAUCAAAGGUCACCUGUCUGCUUUUGAUUGUUUAGGUCACACUAGUCCCUAGGAUUUUUCACCCAUUUUUAACUGCUUAUUCUUUUUGUCUUUUUAGCAAACAUAUAUUAUCUGAAAAAAUUUUUCCUACAAGCCACUGAUGGUCUCUGCUAACUAGCUGAAUUGCCCUUAAUUUUAAAAAGUUUGAUCCCUGAGCAUCUUCAGUUAAAUUGUUGUAUACGUCAAUCAAGAUAUUAUUUACUCUACCUUACAAAUAAACCAAAUAUUUUGUCAACAGGAUGAAACCCAUCUUAAAGUAAAGAAAAGAAUCAGUGUGAGGAGAAGAGAAGUAUAGGGAAUUAUUACUUGUGUCCCUCAGGAAGUUUGUCCUGUUAACCGAGUGGUUACUGCAUUACUGAGGUUACUGCUUUAUUUUCUAGGGAGUUGGUAAAGCAAGAGAACCGUUGCUGCAUGUUUAUAAUGUGGACUCAGUUACAGUAUCUUAGUAUAUCCCCUACAACUCCCAACACUCAGCAGACUUGUUUUUAUAUUUUUUUGCUUCCUUGUAUAUUCUUACUACAUAUUUUUUGACUUCAAAAGAAUGACAUCUUUAGACCUGUUUCAGAGCCAAUGAUGAUAUUUGCUUUAGAUAAUUAUUACAUUAUUCUAAAUAUAACCAUAUUAUUUUGAAUUCAAAUAAAUUUCUAUGCUG